UGGGCAUACCAAAACUGAAGCCAUGAAUUCGCUCUGCCAACUCGUUAUGUAUGAGAGCCCAGAUACGCGCUCUUCAGCCCCGCUUAUGACCUGACCCGAUGAAUUUCGGGAAUCGAGGGGUUCUUUCGGGUGCAUUGGCUGGCAUUUCAGGGACUUUUCAAAGGAUUAAGGGUUGUGAUAUAUGCGAAUAUGGUGGUGUUUAUCAGACUGGAAGUUCUUAUACUGUAACGAAUCCGCUCCUUCUCUUCUAAAUCUGAUCCAUAGUUCUUCUCUUAAGUUCUUCUACCUUACUUUUCUAAGAGAGUAGCAACUUCCCCUAUCUUGACUUUACACCGGUUUUUAGCUCAACAUCGAUUCGCGCCUGCCAUGGAAAGGUACAACUUACAGGAGAUACCUCAGGUUGUCUCUCAACACCUUAUACCCGUGUUUCCUCCAGAUUGGUCCUGUUGGCUUCUUCCUCUUCUUCGCUCAACAAAUACGAUAAUAGCAGCGCAAUCUCCACCCAAGAGUCGGGCACUCAAACUCCGAGCUAUCCACUGUCUUCCAGAAAGCGGCCAUCUGCAUACGCGUGAGCUAUACUGAGUGUCAAAAUGGAACCUCCGCGCGUCCUUGCUUGAACUUUGAUGCCCAAACCCCAUGCUUGCAACCAGAGACAGAGUCCUCUGCCCUCUUACUGGACCUCAGAUACGACAUCUCGAGACAAUGGCGCUGACUAGGGAUGCAGCAACCCAGUGAGCUGCAUCGAAGAAAUGAGGCAGCAGAUCUGGCUCUGUAUUGCACAGUAGGGUUUGACCUUGAAUACACAAUUCCACAAACUUUCUGGGGGUCGGUACUAGUCUCCGAAGCGAUUACAUUACAGUAGCUCGUUCACGGGGGCGCCAUUACACAGUCGUCGGCAGGCGAAGUAACGAGCCCUUACACAUGGCGCAUGAGACUUCUUCUUUCGGAUGUCGUUCGAUUUUACGCCCUGUUAUGCGAGUCUGAGGCGCGGGAUCUGCCUUUGACGCAUGUAAACGUGCCGGCAAGUUCGGACGAAGCAUGAAAAAAAAAGCAUGAAAAACUCGUGGUGGAAGCUUGGGGCAAUCGUUUGCUCGAGAGCCAAAAGCAACCACCGUCAUGCGUUUAUCUCACCGCCUCUCAACUCCCCACGCGCCACAUGCGAUAGUACGACUUUAGAUCAGUUCACUUGUAACGGCGCGCCGUUGUAACUUUAGCUCGAGUUUCGGAUCCUCAUAGUACCCUUGUUGCAUAGAAACUCUCCACCACCAUGACGUUCGAACGUCGUUGGGCUUCAAGGUUGUCAAAUUUAACGACAUGGACCAAUGGUGGAGAACACCGUUGGACCCAUCUCGUGGGAUCGGAGGAUAGUCAGUGACAUGCAUGAUGGGUUGGAGGGUCAAAGAACACUCUGGUUCAAGUAAGUAGGUUAUGAAGACACCAACAUGAAAGUAUGCAACUCAUGUCUCCAGAUACGCCAGCCUGAGCAUGUUCAACUCUGCCCUUGCCGAUGGUAUGGCACAAAUUUAGGGUUCUCUCAGCCUGAGUUUCACUCUUGAUCGGCGACGGGCAAUGUGUUCCUUUCACCACAUGGGUGGGUAGCAUUCACCGCCCGCUCAAGCUGCACCAGCACCAACGUACAUAUGUGAGCAACAACGACAUAACGAAACAGAAUUUGGUGAAGCCCAAGCCUGCCCAAGCAGACAGGGAUUGCACACCCACACCCUGUCAAGAAAUCUCAUUUGCCAUGAUCGGGAGCGGCUCAAUAGGAAAACAGGCCUUGUGGUUGGUGACUGGAACGCUCAGACCGGGCGACGCCGGUCUGCGUAGCGGGGACAGCGUCAACGAAGCUAGGAGAGGGGUUCAGUAUGGGAUUUCGAGAAGUCAAAUGGAGAGACAACAGUGGAUUUGUGCAACAAGACCAUACAGCAGAAUGGAGCUGAAAAUGAUUGAUGAUGCAUGAAUGGUUGGUGUGGGUGAAGCAAGGACUCUUGGGGCUUUGCUUUUUGAUCCUUGAUACAGAGCAAUCUCCUGAUGCCAGUGGAGGACGACAUGUCCAGAAUUGAUGAUCUCUCGACAAGACACACAGCAAGUUGGGACUACAAUGUCCAGUGGAUGUUCAAACAACGCAAUAUUUGCUUCUUUUAGUCAAGUCAAGAAGUCGGAUCGCAACGAAGCCACAUUGGCCAAUGAGAAGAACCAAAUGAGUUUCCAAACUACGGUUUCAUGGCCAUUUGUUCUCAGGCGAUUGAGCCACAAAGAAUCUAGGACGUGCCUGAUGGAAUAGGGCAUCACAAUCACUACCUAAGCAUAUUCCAUCUGGCAGUCUCACUUGAUCGCCUCGCUUAUCUCCGCUGGUCCCGUUAGGACCCAUCGCUUCGAAUAACCGCCGACUCGCAAAACCCUCGGCACGAAAUUAGCAAUGGAACGAACCCCCGAAGUGAUGCAUCUCUUCUCGUGUGCCACCUAGCCACCCACCCACUUGCUUGAUCUGCAGGCGGGCAAAUGCAUCUUAUUAGCAACGUUCAAGCAGCAUUUUCUCCACUCGGAACCCAUGAACAUGAUUAUUCGCCUUUUCUAUUGCCGGUGUUAUGGGCGUUUCUAUUCAUCCUGUUUUGAUGCGUAGGCUCCUGUCAUAUUGGUUCUUUUUACAAAGCACUCUGCGUUCAUACCCAAAAGAAACAAUAACACCACACAUACCCCGUGUUUCCACAUUUACUCUUAGUCGAUAAAAUCAUAUCCAUGCGGAACACCGAUCCUCAGUUUGACGGCUCUAUAAUCCAUCGUCAUGGGAGAAGGGGCUCAGCGACGAGAAGUCAGCUAUCGAUCUGCAUGCACAGAAUGUGCACGCCGCAAGCAAAGGGUAACGAACCCCAAACUUGACCAUUUCCACGAUGGCCGGCAAGUUGCUAUGCAUCCAUGCUAAACAUAUACCCAGUGCAACCGUGAGUGGCCAUGCAGCGGAUGCCAGAAACGCAAGGUGGCCGAUAAAUGUCGUUUCAAGGACACCAACCAACCAACUACAGACAGGGUUGCCUUGGAUAGGCAGAGAAAGAUUCGCACCAACAACAAAAUCGGCCCAGACUCAGGAGACGAACCCGACAUUGAAGGCACAAGAAGCGAUGGUAUCGACGCUUUGGGUUAUAUGCCUUCCAAUCUUAUUUUUGAUCUGGCGUCGGAGCACGAGACCACCAGGAGUGCAUCACAAGAAUUCGUGAAGGAUCCUAGAAGUUUUCCACGGCUGGAAAGAGCUUUGAGAGUGAUUCCUGCCAGACCUUUUACUGACACACUUGUCCAAAACUUCCUCAGCAAUGUCAACUACCACUAUUACAUCGUUUAUCCGCCAUCUUUCAUAGAGCAGUAUCAACUGUGGUGGACAUCACGAACCGAGAACCGCCCUCUUAGUGUCCAAUGGACUUGCCUUCUCCUAACAAUUUGCGCAUGUGCCUCGCGAUAUACUGACGUCGAAUUACAACGGAAUCUUGAGGUUGGCCUUGGUGAUCCGAUACAGCGUAUAAGCGAGCGGUUUCAUGAAGCUGCUCGAGAGCUGGGAAGCGCUAUACCCCUCGGUCAUGGCCACAUUAUCAAUGUUCAACAACUCCUGCAUUCUUGUUACUGGUUCAAAGCUGAAGCCCGGUUUGUCGAAUGUUGGCAUGUUCUGAACUCUGCUAUUCGAGAGGCCCAAGAACUAUCCAUCCAUCAAGAAGGCAAGGCGGGCCCCAUCUCAGAAUUUGAUUUGGAAAUAAGACGGAGAAUCUGGUGCAUUCUGGAUACUUGGGACUGGCAGAUUUCGACACUGUUGGGUAGGCCCUUGAUUAUCGAUCGAGCCGACUGCGAUGCCAGCCUUCCAAAUCUCAGCUUGGAAGGGUGCGAAUACUCGCCACUAUUACACAUGAAGAUGCAAUGCAGCGUAACCCGACAACUUUCUCGAAGAUUCGGCUCGCCGAAAAACGUCAUGGCGCAUGCAGAUGUCCAGGAAUACCAGGGCAUCAUUGAGACAUGGAUCGCAAGCUUUCCACCCCCCUUCAACGUCCAACAUCCGGACACAUCUUCGGAUGGUUUAUAUCCCUGGGUGGUCCUUCACAGACAUAUACUGCAUACUGUGGCAUUUUCAAUGCUUCUACAGCCUAUCCGUGGUUUCCUUACAAGACCCUUUGCUAUACGAUCCUUAGAGGCAGAGCUGCAAAUACGCAGCGAUGGCAUUAACUAUUGUCUAGAACUGAUGGCAUCUUUGCGUAGAUUCUUCAAAUAUGUCUACCCCCGAGAUGCGAAGUUUCAUUUUGUUCUCUUUUGUAUUUUCGACAUCUCGACAGUCUUGUGCUCAGCAGUUCUUCAUGAUGAGCAUCAUACACUUCCUCGACGAGACGAUGUUUACAAAGCCAUAGAUGGGGCGCAUGCUAUGUUGCAGGAUCUUAGAAUGGUGACUAAAUCAGCCAAGGCAUCAUACGGUAUCCUCACUCGAAUCGUUCAGCGUCUCCCACGGGUAACAGCAACAACGCAUAGCAUGGCUAGCAGAAGCCCAGUGCCCUCGAGACCCCAAGCGCUCCCAGAAGCCGCUGCAUCGCCACAAACACUAUCGCCAGGCAGCGCAUCAAACUCCCAAAAUUCUCCUCUGGCGGCAGCUUUCUCUCCUUCUCCUGCCAUUAUUCCUACGCCAGGGGUCGUGUCUCCAGUAUAUACCUUGGGAGGUGUUCCUGUCAUGGGUGAUGAUUUUGUGCCUCCCAUUGCAUACGCUGCUACUGCACCAUGUUCUGACUGGCAGUCACAAUUGUACAUGCAAAAUCCAACAGGUUUCAUGCCCGCUGGUGUGCCCGCUGAGGGCCCUGUGUUCGCAAACAUCUCAGACGAGGAGCUGGGAGAGUUGGCCAAUUUAUGGAAUUACCAGUCUCUUGACUUCAGUUUCAUGAGCACAUAGUUAUGCAUCUGGUGUGCCUAUACUUCGUAGCAUGGGGAUAAAGCAAUAUCUAGCUGAAGUCCAGGCGGCCAGGGAGUAAUAAACCAGGAAACACUUGGGACUGCUCAGUGCAAGCCUCAAGAUGAUAGGACUACGUGGUAUUCGUGGUACCCAUGGGAUAUUGGACACAUUCCCCCUAUGAAUCAAUAGGUUUAUUAGCGCCAGGACGCUUUGAUGUUUGACAGCCUGCCAAAGCGUGUCGCUCAUGGUAUAGCCAAUAUUCGAAGUGAGCAACACGCUUGGCUAUGAUGAGUGGCAUGAGAAGUGAGCAGGAUUUAAGGAUUGACGAAACUGGGAAGAAAUUUAUUGCUAUAAACUAGCGAAGACUGGCUUGAUCCAAAUGACUGGUACAACUUUGCGAGCGGAGAUUGUAAAGCCGCGAAGUGGUUGUCGAGAUGUAAGGCCGCCCUAGGACCAGUUUUGGACAUCUCGCAAUAUGUGAUCACGCGUUUGGGGUAGUUAUGAUGAGACGAUGACAAGAUACGCCGUGAAAAUUAUGCUGCCUUGGGAGAUGAACAGUUGAAGCUUCACAGAAUUUUGAAGGACAGGAACACUCAUGCCCACCACAUUAUGUUUUCUUAUUUAUAAUUAAUACCUGUCUACCUCUGUGUAGUGCAAUAUACCAUAGUGCUCUGAACGAUACCAAUCUAUAAUAGCACAAUAAACCCAGAAU